AUGGAAGGAAGGCAGAGAGGGGCCAGUGCUUGGCCCGCCACCGGGCUCCGGUGGACACUCGGUACGCUAGGCUGGGUGGGUGGGCUUGGUAAUCUGAUUUAUUCAGCUUCUGUCAUGAUGGCGUUGAAUGUUGGUGCUAUUGUUGGCUUUGUCGCGGUGGUAUUCAUCCGCUGUGGCUUAAGAUGGGUGUACGGUUAA